CUUUAUUUUUCUUCUCCCAGCCCAGCAGCGAACGCAGGCCAGGGUGCAGGUUUGACGAACUUUGGAGACUGUGUCGGAGAAGGAGUAAAGUCCCACUGCGAGUCUUUCGCAGAAGAGCAUCGCGACACCACAACCUCAAAAACGCUCCCAAUCGUUCGGCAGCAAGGCAGAUCAGACUUCGCAAGGUUGUGCACACAGCCUGGAUCGGUUCUCGAAAACCCACAUACACACACACAUCGAUACUCAAGAUGCCGUCCGAGAAGCGGAACAACUUUCUCGACGCUGGGGACAGCGACGACGACAACGAGAGCCAGGGGUACAACUCGGACGCCGAUGAGGUGCAGAAGGGCGGCAGCCGCAGCGUCAAGCGGCGCCGGAUCAGCGAGGAGCCCGAGAGCGACGCCUCCGGGUCCGAUCGAGAGUUGCGGAGCAAGCAAAGCAAGAAACCCACACAGACAAGCAAGCGCCGCAGAGCCGGCGAUGACGACGACGACGAUGAUGAUGAAGAACCACGACAAGCCGAAGACGCGGACGACACGAUAACAACAAUAACAAAAACACACGACCUCCCCGACAUCACCCGCGCCUCGACGGGGCUGACCAAGAAGAACCUCGUCGCGACCGAAAAGGCCGUCAAGAAGUCCGGGCUGAUCUACAUCUCGCGCGUGCCGCCCUUCAUGAAGCCCCAGAAGCUGCGGUCGCUGCUCGAGCCCUACGGCACCAUCAACCGCAUCUUCCUCUCGCCCGAGGACCCGGCCGAGCACACCCGCCGCGUCAAGGCCGGCGGCAACAAGAAGCGCUCCUUCACGGACGGCUGGGUCGAGUUCACCAACAAGAACGACGCCAAGACGGUCGUCAGCAUGCUCAACGCGCGCACGAUAGGCGGGCCCAAGGGCUCCUACUACCGCGACGACGUGUGGAGCAUGAUCUACCUCAAGGGGUUCAAGUGGCACAACCUGACGGAGCAGAUCGCCUCCGAGGCCGCCGAGAGGACGAGCCGCAUCCGCGCCGAGAUCACAAAGGCUACCAAGGAGAACAAGGACUUUGUGCGGAACAUUGAGAGAGCCAAGGUCCUCGAGGGGAUGGAGGCCAAGACUGCGGCAAAGAAGAGCCGGGCUGGGGAGGAAGAUGGUGAGGCAGUCGCGGCUAGUAGUCGGAGUGGAGAGAAGCGCAAGUUUAAGCAGGCGCCCGCUGGCAAGAAGGGUGGAGAAAAGGCUCCGGAGGAGGCGAAACGGGUGCUUAGCAAGUUGUUUUAGGACUGUAUUUGUCCUCCUAAUGAUACCCACGGCAUAAGAAGCGCCUAUGUCUGGCUUUGUCUCCAAGUCAUGAUCUUACCUUCGAAGGAUGGACGUACGACACGGUAUAGUCCUUCACUGUCAUUGAUGUCAAGGCAGAUAUGUACACAGACACAAAAGUGAUAAAGUAUCUUGGAAAUAUGAUCGAUUC